AUGCUUGCUAAUCAAGCAUGGCAAGAACUCUUUCCCACUGCAGAAGUUAAUUUCCAAAAUGAAGGGGGAUUUGAUCACUCUUCUGCAUUACUCUUAGUGCAUAAGGAUGAACAAAAUGGAAAAAAAGCUUUCAGGUAUUUUACUAUGUGGAAGAAAGCUACACAAUUUGAAGAAUUAGUGAAGCAAGCAUGGGACACCCCUGUACAUGUGCAAGGCUCAAAAAUGUUCAUUGUUAUGCAGAAAUUGAAGCAAGUUAAGAUAAGAUUGAAGGAGAUGAGUAAAAGAGGGUUUCAUGAUCUGCAAGCAGAGGAAAUCAAAGCUCAACAGGUUAUGAUGCAUGCUCAGCAACAGAUGCACCUGAACCCAAGUGAUAGAGUGUUGGCUGAUGCAGAAUUAGAAGCAUUGAUAGCUGGGGAUGAGAAUACUAGGGUAUAUCAUCAAAGCAUUAAAGCAAAGAGGCUGAAAAAUCGGAUAAAGAGCAUCAAGGAUGAAGAAGGAAACUGGCAUAAUAAGGCAGAUUCAUUAGCAAAUGCCUUUUUAGCCUAUUACAAGAAACUAUUAGGAUCUAAUGUAGAUCAGAGAAUUGAAGCAAUGUCACAGAUUGUUCAAGCUGGUCCACUAGUAUCUGAUGCACAUAGAGCAAUUCUGAAUGCACCAUACACAACUGAAGAAGUGAAAAAUUCACUAUUUUCGAUCCCAGCGAGCAAGGCUCCUGGACCAGAUGGAUUUGGUUCAUAUUUUUAUAAAGAUGCUUGGCAUAUCAUAGAAGAAGAUGUAGUAGUUACAGUGUUAGAUACAUUAAUUCCUUAG